AUGUCUUCUGAAAAAGAACUUAACACCAUCACCGUGGUCGAAGAAUCCGACUCCAAUCCCAUAGAGCUGGACUUGGACUAUGAAAAAUUGAGUACCAUCAAAGGUCUCGACAGAGCGUUUGAUUUCUGCAAGGGGAAAGAAAUCUCUUAUACGGAAGAAGAAGAGAAGGCCGUAUUGAAGAAAAUCGAUCGGUACGUGAUGCCCUUGCUUUUCCUGCUUUAUUUCAUCCAGUUUUGUGACAAAGUCAGUUUAGGUUAUGCGGUGCUUAUGGGUAUCGAAGAAGAUACUCAUUUGAACACCGCUACCCAAGAAUAUUCCUGGGUGUCCUCGAUCUUUUAUGCUGGUUAUAUUGCUUUCGAGUUCCCCACUGCCUACUUUCUUACCAAAUUGCCGAUUGUCAAAUUCCUCACCUUCAACAUUCUUGGUUGGGGUAUCAUCAUCACCUGUACUUGUGCAGCCCAUAGUUAUGCGGGAAUGCUUGUUCUUCGGUUUUUGCUUGGGGCGUUUGAGUGUGUCAUUACCCCUGCUAUUGUGUUGAUCGUCAGUAUGUGGUACAAGCGGUCCGAACAGGCCAGAAGAUUGGGAUUCCUUUUGUCUGCCAAUGGUAUCUCGACGCUUUUGACCUCUCCACUUGCAUUUGGAUUGUCAUAUGUGACUAAUGGGGCCAUUGCCUCGUGGAAGAUCCUCUACCUUAUUUUCGGGUUGCUGACGCUUGUGUUGGCGGGGAUCUUCUAUUGGUUGUUCCCAGAGAAUCAGUUGAGUGCCAAGUUCUUGACCGAAGACGAAAAGCUCAUCGCUAUUGACAGAAUUAGAGUUAACUUCCUGGGAGUUGGAUCUCAAAAUUGGAAAUGGUAUCAAUUUUUUGAAGCCUUCAGGGACCCCAGAACCUAUUUGUACAUGUUUUUUGCUCUUGUAGAAAACAUGGCCAAUGCCGGGGUGACAACUUUCGGUAACCUUAUCAUCAAGUCUUUUGGAUUCGAUAGCCAGCAUGCGUUGUUGUUGUCGAUGCCCGGUGGAGCCGUUGAUUUCAGUGCCAAAAUCAUCUUUCCUUGGAUAUCUGACCGGUUGAUGGACAGAAGUUUCCCGGCCAGUAUUUGCUUAGGACUUGCUGUGGUGGGAGGAAUCAUGAUCAAUGCCAUCAGCACCGACCAUAAGGUGGCACUUUUGGUGGGUUACUACUUGAUUUCCUUCUGUGGUGCUGGUUGGGGGUUGGUGAUGACCAUGAUUGGUGGUGGGUCGCUUGGGUCCACCAAGAAGAGUGUGGUGAACACCUGCCAGAUCGUGUGCUACGCGGCAGGUAACUGGGUGGGACCCCAGCUCUGGAGAGCCACCGAGGCUCCCAACUAUCACACUGGUAAGAGACUUAUGUGUACAUUCUAUGGGUGUGCGUGGUUGAGUUUAUUUGUGAUCAGAUUUGUGAAUGUUAUGGAGAACCGUCGGAGAGACAGGCUUGCAGCGGAGGGUAAGAUUCCCCCAGCAGCCAAGGAUACCGAGUUCUUGGACUUGACUGAUUUCGAGCAGCUUAAUUUUAGAUAUCUUCUUUAA